AACAUUAACUUACCUAAACCUGCUUAUAAGUAGUAUUUCCAUUAGCAACUAUGGACGCUAUUCUGAAGAUAUUAUUUUCUUCGGAGGAGGAAGAACGGUACGUUUUGGAUUGUUUAUCGUACUUGAUGAUGGUGAUGGCAUUCAUAACUUUUGUGACUUUACUCUUUGAGCACGUGCCCUACGGCAGAUAUGCAUCCAGCAGGUAUGGAUUCCUUGUAAAUGUCAAGUUAGCCUGGUUCGUUCAAGAAUUGCCUGCUUUUCUGGUGCCUUUGUGUUUGGUACUAUGGAGUCCAUGUGCAAAGAUAAUACACCUGCCCAACCAACUGCUUCUUCUCAUGUUCUGUUGCCAUUACGCGCAAAGGUCCCUCAUCUACCCAUUUUUAAUUCGAGGAGGAAAAUCAACACCAUUCAUCUCGUUUGCUCUGGCCUUUGUCUUCUGCAUCUAUAAUGGGUACCUGCAGGCAAGAUACCUGAGUCACUAUGCAGAUUACCCACCUGAUUGGGUUACACAUCCCUGUUUCAUCACAGGGUCUUGUAUGUGGUUCCUGGGAUGCAUCAUUAACAUUCACUCUGACCAUAUCCUCAGGAACCUUCGCAAGCCUGGAGAGACGGGCUAUAAGAUACCUAGAGGGGGCAUGUUUGAGUAUGUAUCUGGAGCGAACUUCUUAGGUGAGAUUGUGGAAUGGGCUGGAUUUGCUCUGGCCGGUCACUCGGUCCAUAGUGCAGCUUUCGCUCUCUUCACUCUUAUUGUGCUGUCCUGCAGAGGAAUGGCCCACCACAAGUGGUAUCUAACAAAAUUUGAAGACUAUCCAAAAUCAAGGAAAGCUUUAAUACCGUUUGUGCUCUGAUCCCGUGGUAAGCCCAGCGCAGCGGCCACACUCCCACAGUGUUUCAAAGGAAGUGGUGUCGUAACAUACAGAGACUGGGGAAAAUGCAGUGAGCAUUACAUAAACUCAAUUUUACAAGACACAUUUUUCUUUCAGUUUUAUAGCAUGUACAUUUAUCAAGUGCAAAAACCGCAUUACUGUGAGAGAUCUCGCAGUGUCUCAAUGGAGAGAUCAUAU